AUGAAAAACGGGCCUAUGUUUACGGGAAAGAGAUUUCUGCAGUCAAACUAUAAAUUCUCCGAAAUAGUUGCAAAGAAAUUCGAGAAUCCGUUUUUUUCAUCCUUAGAUUCUGCCAAUUUUUAUAAAUCUACAUUCACAAAGUUCUUAGAUUCUGCUAUAUCAGUUAAUUCAAUCGAAAUUAAGAAUAAAUUCGCAGCGCUUCCAGAAGAUUUUUCAUCAGAACAGCUCGUUAUUAUCAACAGGUGCAGUUUUAUCAGAAUAUCGAACCAACACCCAGGUGCUAUGGGCGGUGCUAUCUUUUACAACUUGAAGAAAGGAAAAUUAAAAAUGUUUCAGUCACAGUUUCAAUGGUGUUACGCGAAACAGAGAUGUGGCGCAUUCUUUUCGUCAGCAAAGUUAUGCGUUGGUAGAUCUCUCUGUCUUUUAGACUGCAGAGCUUCAAAAACUUGUAUGGCCUUUCAAAUAACAACAACUGCUUCGAAAGCGAGAGCUAACAUUACAGCAAGUUUUAUUACAUUUUGUGGUGCAAUUAUUCCAAAAAGCGAAAAAGAUCAAGUAAAAUUCGAAUUUGUAUCUUUAGAUCUCAUGAAUACGAACUUUACACAAAACAGAGUACUUCAGAGUGGAUUUAUUACACUACAAAAGCUUUAUGAUGCUGCAAUUUCAAGAUGCGAUUUCAGAACUAACUAUGGACCGAGUUUUCUUGAAGUUUACAGCUCUUUUGAUAUAUACCUAUCAUAUUCAAAUGUUAUUAACAACAAUUUACGGCAAACUCCCAUUGUUGUUUCAUUUGAAUCUCCAAUCUACAUAACCUACUCAUAUUUCCAGGAUAAUUUCAACUAUUCUCUUGAAUAUACCUUCAGAACUGAAGAAGGCGGGUUAAUAAUCUUCGGAAAUUGUUAUUUUGACGCUCCGAAAUCUCAUUUCGGAUAUUUGAAGGGAGAAGUUAAAUUCCCUAAGUGCAGAUUUAACGUUACAUAUUCACAGUUCAAUAGUUUCAAUGACUACAGAUUAUGUGGCUUUUAUACUGAUCCUCCUGUAAGAACUCCUUCUCCUUCGCCAUCACAGAUUGUUUACCCAUCGAGAGCACCAACUCCCACUAUAGUAUGGCUUCCAAAGUCACUGUAUGUGCAUCAGUUCUUACUAAUUGUUACGAUUUCGAUAAUGGGACCAAUAUUAAUUUAUGCAGUAAUAACCAAGAGGAAAUCUGCAGAAAUCCAAGCAUUUCAGACAUAA